AUGCUCAUGCUGACCCGAUCGGUGGUGACUUGGCGAUCUUCGCUGCCCGCUGUACCGUGUUCGCCCCUUUGCGGCCGCUGCAUAUUCCAAGGCCAGAAGCAGAUGGCAAUGCCAGGGCUGAUGCUGAAAGACUCCGGCCUGCACGGCACGGGCGUCUUCGCCACGCGAGACUUUGCCGCCAAAGAGGUCCUUGAAGUGUGCACAUGCCUGUGGAUCGCGAAGCCAUCUGUGGCAGCUUUCCAGCCUCAAGCCAUCGGCGACAUCGAACUGCUGGACUAUUUGUUUGCGGCAGACAAAGGCGAGCGUGGAAGGCUGCUGCUGCCCUUGGGCUUCGGCUUGGCUUACAACCACGGCGUGGAGGGCGAAUGCAAUGCUUCCUAUCACGUGAAGCUGGACGUCGGCCAGCCGCGCCUCAUCUUCCGCGCGCUCCGUGACAUAGUCUUCGAUGAGGAGGUGUUGAUCGACUACGGCGAGGCCGAUUCAUUCCUUUCUUACUGGUCUGUCCUUCCCGCACCCAUGUCUCGGUCCAUUUCCUGCCUCGAAAGUUCGAGUAUCAGCAUGGGACUGGUGGCAAGACAGAGGCUGGCGGCCGCUGUCUGCUCGCUCAGCCGUCGUCUUGCGACGGAAGAUGGCUGGAAAAAGUUCGUCCGCAAGCGCGCGGUGCUUGAAGUAGAGAGAGAGUGCCUUGGCGGACCGGAUGCAGGUGGAAGCCCAGCGAGAGGCAGGGAAAGGCGGGGCUUGCCCGAAUCUCUGCGGAGAAUUCCUGGGGACUGCGUGCGCCGCGCGCUUGCAACCGAGAAGGACCCGAAGCCGAAGCGAUCGAAGCACCUCCGCCUUCGCCUCCGCCUGAUGAGCUUCAGGGCAAGGCCAGGGCCAGACUCCGAGAGUUUCCUGCGCAGUGCCUCGCAGCCUUUGCAGUUGAAGCUGCUGACGUCCAUGGGAUUCCCCGCAGAUGCCUCGGCUGCCGCCUUGGAGGCCGGCCGCAUCCCGCCACGAACGGCCUAUUUGGAGCGGGUGCAGCUGGUGCAGGCUGCCGCGGGAGAUACCAAUGCAGCGGCCAACAGCCUCCUUGCAGAGCUGCAGGUCUCGUCCUUCUUCGUGGAGCUGGGCCCCGCUGCUCCACGGUCGCCCGCCAGCUGCAGGGCCACCGUGUCCUUGAAGGCGUCGCGCGGCGGUGUUUUGGUUGGCGGCGGUCCGGGUGGGCUGCAGCUCAGGGUGGUCGUCGACCUUCAGCCCCCGCGCAGUCUUCGCGGAGAGCCUGUUGGCGAAGCCGAUUCAACCGAAGGAUGGGAAAAGCUCCCCGACGACGGUUUGCGAGUGGCUCUGGAGCUGGAGUCUGAAGCGACGCUGGAACAAUGGGGAGUAUGGCUUUUUGUCGGACAGCGGUUCGCUCGCAUAACGGGCCCGGCGGUCGGAUGCUCUGCUUCUUCCAUCGCUGCCACCUGCUGCCGCAGUUUGGCAACUCUUCGCAGGCUCUGCCCGAAGGCAAACUUUCACGCUGAGCCGCCCUUCCAGGCAACCGUGGGCGAGGUCCUUCGACGCGGAUAUCUUCAGCAGAUGCUCGACACAGGUGGUGUCGUGCCCUACUUCGACAGGGAUGAUGCGACUGUGGGUGGAAGCAUGCUUUUGGAGGACGGUGCCAUCGUGCACAAGUUGCCCUCUGGAAGCAUGCAGAGAUGGAAGAUACGCGAGAUGACCGCCAACCCGUUUGGAGGGGAUGACCCUUCCAACCAAGUGAGACAGCCCGCAGAGGAGGUGCUGUCAAUCGGCUCAACAGUUCAGUACUGGAGCACCACCGUCCAGCGCUGGGUCUCGGCCACCGUGCUUGCGCUCAACGAGGAUGGCACCUACCGCCUGGACAUCAAGAAGCGUGCCUCAAGGCAAUUCAUCAAAGAGGCGGCCGGUGCAGAGGAAAGCCAAGAAAUGCCGGCCACAGCUGAACCCGCCGUCCGCUCCGGAAGUGCAAGGGUGCAGGGACAUGCGAGUCAUGCGAGCGUGGAGCACGAGAAGGUCGCGGCCGGCGCGCCGGGAAAGAGGCAGCGCCGGGCACGGAGCUCUUCCGUCGUUCCCAACAAGGCGAAGGCGAAGAUCAGGAAAAAGGCUUCAACUUCGAGUGAGAAGCAGAGCUCCUCCGACAGCGACUCAGACAGAGAGAGCGAAGGGUCCUCGAGUUCGGAGACAUCGUAA